AUGUCUCUCUUCGGUAGCUCUCCCGAAGACUCUCCCGUGACCAAGGCCAAUUCCACAUCCCGCUCCAAAUCCUCCUUAUUUUCAGACCAGCCGGGCCUGGGUGCAACUUCAUCCUCUGCUCUAUUCGCGGACGAUCCCCACGGUGAUUCCUCAGCAUGGAACUCGCCAAACCCGAAAAGGGCAGCGCGCCAUGAACUUGUCAAAAUGCUAUUGCCAGCUUCUGAGGUACCAGAAGGGUACAUUGAUGCAUAUGAUGCAGUGUUGCAUUCGGGAGAUAAGCUUGGUGCUGGCAUUUCAGUUGAGGGAGCAAGGAAGGUCCUGCGAGAUACCGGUCUGAGCGCCGAGGAACAGGCGACAAUUCUCAAUAUGGUGGUGCCUGGUGGCCGUGAUUUGCCAAAUGGGCUAGGGAGAGGUGAAUUCAACGUUUUGUUGGCUUUGAUAGGUUUGGCUCAGGAAGGUGAAGAUCUCACUUUUGAUACGAUUGACGAAAGAAGGAAGAGACUGCCCAGACCUAACAUACCUUUUGUCGAUCGGCUGAAGUCCCGCAACGGCACAGCGAUAGCGCCACCCGAAAAUGCAGUCCCUGUCCCGCACCAAUCUCCACCGCGACGGAUGACGCAGGGGUCUUUUGGGGACUCCGACCCAUGGGGAAGUCCGGCACUACAUCAUGGUCAUAACCAUUCCAUAGAGAAUGGUAUUGGAGCUAGCCAAGGAGUCAAUGGUGGAUAUAAUGCCCAGGCCGAUUCCGCCACUGAGGGUGAUCGAUCUGCUGGACAACCACCUAGCGAUAAUACUCCCGGGAGUGUCGCGUCUGGUUGGGGGGAUAAUUUCCCUAACCCAGCCGGUACCGGCUUUGGACCCGGCGGAAACGCCGGUCUUGGGGGCGGAUUCGAACAAUCAGGAGAUGAUCAAGGAAAUAAUAAUUCUAAUAAUACAUCUAGGACCAUUGGCGGUGGCAGAAUCACCUCCCACGGUGUAGAAGAAGUGAUCACGAUCAACAUGCUACCCGAAAAAGAGGGCAUGUUCUUUUUCCAGCACAGAAACUACGAAGUCAAAUCCUCACGUCGAGGAAGCUCUGUAAUCCGGAGAUAUAGUGAUUUUGUAUGGUUAGUGGACUGUCUACAAAAACGGUAUCCGUUCCGGCAGAUACCACUUCUCCCUCCAAAGAGGGUCGCAGUCAAUGGCACUCACCUCGCAGCGGAUUCAAACUCCUUUCUCGACAAACGACGAAAGGGUUUAGUACGAUUCGCAAAUUCGCUUGUUCGCCAUCCGGUUUUGAACCAGGAGCAACUGGUGGUGAUGUUCCUUACCGUUCCCACAGAGUUGUCCGUCUGGCGAAAACAAGCUACUAUUUCCGUUCAGGAGGAAUUUACCGGCAAACCACUACCUCCGGAUCUCGAAGACUCACUCCCUCCGACUUUGAAUGAGACUUUUGACAGGGUUCGUUCAGGCAUCAAGCGUUCAGCUGACAUUUAUAUCAACCUUUGUAAUCUACUUGACCGUCUUGCGAAACGCAACCAAGGCCUUGCCGCAGACCAAUUCCGAUUUGCCAGAGCCCUGGGCGCUCUAACCGAUUGCACAUCAGAUAUGUAUGCUGUCGACACGAACGACGUGCCGCUGUUGAACAACGGCAUAAACUCUACAGCCAAACACCUUGUCGCGAGCCAGGGAUUGCUGGAUGAUGAAGCCCGGGCGUGGAAUGAUGGUGUCCUGGAAGACUUCAAGAUCCAGCGAGAUUGUCUCGUGGCUAUGCGCGAACUCUUUGAUCGGAGGGACCGCUAUGCCAAGGACAACAUUCCACAACUCGAGCGGCGGAUUGAGAGCAAUGAGAGGAAAUUGCAAGAUUUGCGGACUAAGCCCGAGGGGACUGUUAAGCCUGGAGAGGUGGAGAAAGUUGAAGAUGCGAUUAUCAAGGACAAGGAGUCUAUCGUCCAACAACAUGCGAGAGGUGUGUUCAUCAAGGAAUGCAUCCGCGACGAGUUGCUCUAUUUCCAAAUGAGCCAGUAUCAUAUCAGCCGGCUGCAUCAGGACUGGAGCCAGGAGAGAGUGAAGUAUGCAGAGCUGCAGGCCGAUAACUGGCGUGCUCUAUGCGAGGAAGUUGAGGCGAUGCCUACUACAGAAUAG